AUGAGCAUUGCAAUCCCUCUGGGAGUCACCACACCAGAUACGUCCUACUCCGACAUGGCUGCAGGAUCAGACCCAGAGUCUGUGGAAGCUAGUCCAGCUGUCAGUGAGAAGAAUGUGUACUCCAGCCACGGCUAUGGGGCCACCCAGAAACACAGCUAUCGCGGGCUGCCUUACGCAACCAUUAUACCUCGUGCAGAACUGAACGGCCUGCACUCACCUGAUGAGGAGAACUCUGGAGACAGUGAGAGCUCCUCAGAAGGAGAAUCAAUUCCCACUUGGUGCCACUGCAGUGUUUCCCAAGAUGGUUUCCUCCUCAAGUGUGAAAAGUGCAGAGGAAUGAGCAGGGGGAAGGUGAUCAGACUUCGCCGCCGGAAGCAGGACAACGUGUCAGGUGGGGACAGCAGUGCAACUGAGAGCUGGGAUGAAGAACUGUCUCCUUCUACAGUGCUGUACACAGCUACACAGCACACCCCUACAAGCAUCACACUGACUGUCAACCGUGUCCGUAGAAGCAAACCUAAGAAGAGGAAGAGAAAUACUGAAAAAGCUCGUGCUGCUCCCAAGGCCAAGAAGAUCAAGAAUUCCCCUUCUGAAGCACAUGCCUUGGAUGAAAACACAGCUGAAGGGUGGGAGAAUCGAAUCCGACUCUGGACAGAUCAGUACGAGGAAGCCUUUACUAACCAGUAUAGCGCGGACGUGCAGAACCUGUUGGAGCGUCAUCUGAACUCUAACAAAGAAUUCGUGGGCAAAACUGCUAUGCUAGAUACAAUCAACAAAACAGAGCUGGCUUGCAAUAAUACUGUUAUUGGGUCCCAGAUGCAGCUGCAGUUGGGAAGGGUGACUCGGGUACAGAAGCACCGGAAGAUCCUGAGGGCAGCAAGAGACUUGGCACUAGAUACCCUUAUAAUUGAGUAUCGAGGGAAGGUUAUGUUACGACAGCAAUUCGAGGUCAAUGGGCAUUUCUUCAAAAAGCCAUAUCCCUUUGUGCUGUUCUACUCCAAGUUCAAUGGCGUUGAAAUGUGCGUUGAUGCCCGCACCUUUGGUAAUGAUGCCAGAUUCAUCCGGCGUUCCUGCACUCCAAAUGCAGAGGUUCGUCAUGUGAUUGCUGAUGGGAUGAUCCACCUGUGUAUCUAUGCUGUUGCCACCAUUGCCAAGGACACAGAGGUUACCAUCGCCUUUGACUAUGAGUACAACAUCUGCAACUAUAAAGUGGACUGUGCGUGUCACAAGGGGAACCGGAAUUGCCCUGUGCAGAAACGUAGCCCAAAUGCUGCAGAACACCUACCUCCACCUGUUUUAGGCACACUGAUUGGGGCAGAAACACGCCGGCGAAAAGCCCGGCGAAAGGAGCUCGAAAUGGAACAGCACGGCGUUGCAUCAGAUGAGAACAGCAGUCAACAAACAGAGGAAGUUCCUGAGGCACCUGCAGCAGUCAGUGACAAUGAGUUUGUCUUUCAGGUAGCAGAGAAGGAGGAGAAACAAGAAGAGGACAAAGAGGAGCCUGUGGAUGAACAGGGAGCCUUGGUCCACAGCCGACGGACCCGGGAAGACAGGAAGGUGGAAGCCAUCAUGCACAUGUUUGAAAACUUGGAAAAGAGAAAGAGGAGGCGAGAGCAACCGUUAGACCGUAACAGCACUGAUGCUGAAAUCAGCGUAAAUUCUGAUGCUCCUGAGUUGGAGGAAGUAAAAACAGAGACUCCAGAAACUGAAGAUGGAAGUUCAGCACCGAGUGCUGCUGCUCCAAAUGUUCCUAACAGUAACAGCAGUACUGGGGUGAACACACGUCGGUCUUCACAAGUAGCGGAGGCUGUCCCUGAAAAGGCAGUUACUAAGCCAGCUCCAGCAAAACCCUCCAGACCCCGACCAAAAAGUCGCUUCUCUCGAUACCGGACCAGCUCAGCACAAAGACUGAGAAGGCAGAAACAAGCCAAUUCCCAGCAAGCUGAACUCACACAGGCUGUCCCAGAGGAAGGGAGCACUGCCAACUUGGUAACCGCAACAGAUGUCAGCAACAUAGAAGGUCCAGGAGAAGGCAGACAGUUGACAGGAUCUGACCCAACUGCUAGCCUGGCUGCAGGAUCUCAGUCUAAUCGAGCUGCAGUAAAGUACCCCAAAACUAAAAAGUAUCUUGUUACAGAAUGGCUGAAUGACAAGGCAGAGAAGCAGGAGUGCCCUAUUGAGUGCCCUCUGCGCAUUACUACAGACCCAACAGUUCUGGCAACGACCCUAAAUAUGCUGCCGGGCCUCAUCCACUCCCCACUAAUUUGUACCACACCUAAACACUACAUUCGCUUUGGUUCACCCUUCAACCCUGAGAGACGUCGAAGGCCUUUUUUGUUGGAUGGAAUUUACAGCUCCUGUAAAAAGCGCUGGAUCAAACAAGCCCUGGAAGAGGGGAUGACGCAGACCUCACCAGCUCCGCAAGAGAACAGAACCCAAUGUCUAUACCAAAGUAACGAGAGCAGCAGUUCUUCCAGCAUCUGCAAAGAUGACACAGACUUGCUGAGUCCCUUGAAGAAAUGGAAGUCUCGCUACUUGAUGGAGCAGAACAUUAAGAAGUUGCUGAGGCCACUGUCUCCUGUCACUCCUCCACCUCCCACCCCUUCAGUUCCUGGCUCAGCAAGCCCACAGCUGGCUACCCCAUGCUCAUCGCUGCCAGGAGAGGAGGAGAGUCGCAACGGUUAUGGCGUGAUGUUCUCACCCAUUCCUUCUCUGGCUGCUAGUCGCUGCAAUACUCCACUACAGUUUGAGCUCUGCCUCCGAUCUGACCUGGAUUCCAGUGCCAACACCUGCUCAGAACGGCCGUCGCUGCUCAGCUUUGGAUCCUCUGAUUUGGCUUCACAACCCUCCAUAAACUCUACUUCAGAGAUGAACUUCCCAGGGAAAAGUGGGGAAGCACAGAUGCUGCUACGAAGCUCUGAUCAGGCUUUUCGGACAGAGUUUAAUUUAAUGUAUGCCUUCUCCCCACUGAACGCUAUGCCACGUGCGGAUGGGUUGUUGCGGGGAUCUGCUCCUUUGGGAGAGAGGAAGCCAACAAAUUUGGAAGCAGGAUGUUGUAGCUCUCCUGCUGAAGGUUAUUUCAGCAGACAUGAGUCAGGGCUGCUUAAAGAGACAGUGCAUGGAUCCAUGUCUCCCUGCAGUGAAAGGGCUUGUGAAGGUGUCAGAUCUGCUCCCCAGAAUCCACCACAAAGGAAGAAGGUAUCUCUACUAGAAUACCGCAAGCGGAAGCAAGAAGCCAAGGAGGGCAGCGACUCGGUGCGAUGUGCAGGGACUCCCACCCGACAGGGCAGCACCAGUUCAGUGACUGACACAGACGGCAACAGCCUGUCGGGCUCCGUAGGACGAACCCCCUCCUCCCCACAAAGUGGCUUCUCCCCUUCUCAUCCCUCCCUGCCUCAUGUAGAGGACAUCAGCCCGCCAGACUCAAGGGGUGCUAAUUCCUCAACAUCACUCAGCAAAUCCCAGGAGAACAUCAGCAGUAGGUGGAUGGUCCCAACGUCGGUGGAGAGGCUUCGAGAGGGCAGAGGCAUACUGGAGAAGGUGCUGCGAAGCAGUGCGAAGGUAUCGCAGAGAAGUGAAUCCUCACCUACCUGUGACAGUGCUGUCGAGAGAGAUGCAGACACAGCAGAAGGAGACACUCCGGAAGCCCACAAAGGACCAGCAGUUUACAGUCCUUCACGAUACAGCUACCAGCUCCUGCAGUCUGACAGUCCCCAGGCAGAAUCACAGACCCUUCUCCAGCAGAGCUCCUCCCCCUACAGAGGACACCUUGCUCAGUCUCCUGGAUACAGCUAUCGAGCAGCAGCACAGAGGACAGGACACAGCCUCUCUCACAGUUCCUCAGAAACAUCCCUCUCCUCCACCCCGUACUCCAGCUCAGCCCACUCAAUCUCCACAGACUCCUCUGCCCUGUUUGCAGGGAAUUCGGGGUAUUACAGCAGCCAGCAGCACUCUGGCAGCAGCAGUGGCAGCCUCCUGAAGAAGAGCUGCCCUGCUGCUGCCAGCCCAGCACAGCAGACGGCUGUGGACUCUCUCUCCUCCGAGUCGGGCUCCCAGCCGUGCACGGGCACGUCAGGCUCCACCUCUGCUCCCCCAAGUGCUAGGUCACUACAGUCAGACUUGCGGACUAUCAGCCUGCCGAGCUCUGGGCAGUCUGUUCUCUACCAGGGCUCCCGGGGGGCAGUGAUUUCCAAUGCACAACACUAUCCACACCGUGGGGGAAGCAGUGUCCAUCAGUACAGACUUCAGCAGCUUCAAGGUUCUGGAGUAAAGACUCAAACAGGACUUUCCUAGGGCUGCCUGGACUCCAGGAGGACGAAACUGCCCAUAGCUCCUUCCAGUCACCUCUGGAAGUGGCUCCUGGGCCAGUGUUGGGAGCUUGCACCUGAUGCUGGGGUGCCAGGGGUCAGAGGAUGAGGUCUGAAAUGCACGGGUGAGAUUUGUGAGCAGUAUUGGCCUCUGGCCUUGUAGGAGAACUCAGAUCCCUCUGAGGCAGAGACUAGCAA